CAGAGGUGAGAAGAAACUCACUCAGCCGUCUGGACACUGUGGAAAUGCCCCCGCUGUUUGAGGAACCAAAACCUGGGGACCUGAUUCAGAUUUCACGCUUUGGAUACCAGCACUGGGCCCUCUAUGUGGGAAAUGGUUACGUCAUCCACCUGGCCCCGCCCAGUGAGUAUGCAGGAGCUGGCUCCUCCAGCAUCAUGUCCGUGCUGACCGACCGAGCCGUGGUGAAGAAGGAGCAUCUCCGGGACGUUGCUGGUGGUGACCGGUACCGAGUCAACAACAAGUAUGACGGGAGGUGCUCGCCACUGCCAGUCAGCGAGAUCCUCAUGGAGGCCGAGUCUCUGGUGGGCCAGGAGAUGCUGUACAGCGUCACUAGUGAGAACUGCGAGCACUUCGUCACCAAGCUGCGCUACGGCCAGCCCAUGUGUGACCAGGUCAGGAACGCCAUGCUGACCGUGGGGGUCGCAGGGCUGGGCCUAGCUACUCUGGGGCUCGUCGGAGCCAUGGUCACAAGGUCCAGGCGUCAGAACCAAUAGCACAGACUCCCCUCUGGGCCCAAGGCCUGGAGCCUCUGCAGCAGGGGCCCUCCGGGCGGGCUCCUCGUGGGGAGCAAGCUGGAUGUGUCAGCAUCUUCCUGUCCUUUGUCAUUGGGUUUUUUGGAUUGGAUGUCUCAUUUACAAUAAACUAAUCUAGCCUCACA